AUGAAAACAAACUUUCAAGCCUUAUGGCUAUCGUUCAUCUGGGCCGCCAAGGCCUCGUGGUCCCUUGACGACGGUCUGACAGUCACAACAGGAACUGGUAUCUACACGGGCUUGAUUGCCCCCGACUACGACAAUGUCAGAGAGUUCCGCAGCAUACCCUUUGCACAACCUCCCGUAGGAAAGCUUCGGUGGAAACCACCCGUGGCUCUGCCGGCGUCCCGGAAACAUCACUACUCUACCAGAUAUCCCACCAACUGCCAACAAUACCUGCCCAGCUCUCUCUCGCUAUGGAGCACCGUCCUGACCGACUAUGGCAUCGACACCCUGGACCAGAGCCGCCAUGCCGGAGAGGUGGCGCAGACGAGCUCUGAAGACUGCCUGGCUCUAGCCAUUUGGACGCCCGCCAACGUGACGGCCGACGCCAAGCUGCCCGUGGCCUUUUUCAUCCACGGCGGGGCCUUUGUACAGGGCGGCGUCGACUCCCCUUACCUCAAGCCGACGAACUGGGUGAGCCGGAGUCAAAAGCACAUUGUGGUCUCUGUUAAUUGGCGGGUCAACAUUUUUGGCUUUCCUAAUGCCGCGGGUCUGGAUUCUCAGAAUGUCGGAUUCCUUGAUGCUCGACUGGCCUUGGAAUGGGUCUAUGAGAACAUUGAGGCAUUCGGGGGAGACCGCGACCGCAUCACCCUAUGGGGCCAGUCAGCAGGCGCCGUGGCAUCAGAUAUCGUCGGCUUCGCCUUCUGGGAAGAUCCGUUGGCCUCCAGCUUGUUCUUGCAGUCGGGGAACGCAAUCAGACAGUUUGCCAGGGGCGAUGACGCUCUGCAGACAAACUUUACAUUUGUGGCAAAGAACCUAGGUUGCGACUUUGAAGACGACGCCGAAGCUGAGCUGGACUGCAUGCAGCAAGUCCCGGCCAAUCUGAUUACGAAUUUCGUGGGCCAGUAUGGAGACAACAACACCGAGCCCGGGUUGUACUUUAGACCGACCGUGGAUGAAAAGGUCGUCUUUGCAAACUACACGGCGCGCGCAAAAGCCGGCUUCAUUCCCAAGAUCCCGGCACUGAUCAGCACGACUGCCAACGAGGAUGCUAGUCUGAUUGCAUAUCCCGCAGACAACCUGGUCGAGGGUCCCAACAAGACCGCCACCAACCUAGGGACAUUGGCCGCCUUUGUUUGCCCGGCUUUCUUUGGGACAAAUGUCCGAAUUUAUAACAACUUGACAACGUAUCGAUAUCAAUACGCUGGUAACUUUUCCAAUAUCUCACCGUACUCAUGGUUGGGCGCCUACCACGCAUCCGAUAUCCCCCCCAUCUUUGGUACCUAUGACUUGCACGGUGGCUCAACGGCGCUCGAGACCGCAGUCAGCAAGAUUAUGCAAAACUAUAUACUUGCCUUUAUCUCGGAUCCUCUCAAUGGGCUGAAGAAUCUUGGUUGGGCACCAGAUAAUAAGUUGCUCCAGGGCACUAUGAAGCGAUUCGCUGCGCGCACUGUAGAGGAAAAGACGGUCAACUCUCUAGAUGUGGACAACCCUUGUCGCGGCAUUGGCAAGUAUGACCCGAGCCCGAGCUAG